GCGGGUGAAGCCUUUGCCUGUUAUCUUACCACUUGUCCAAAAGAAACCAGCUGCAGGACAAUUAGAAUACUGGCAUUGCAUGGGUCCAGAAACAGCUUGGAUCAUCCCAGCAUAGCAUUCAAGUUUCUUUGUGAAAGCUUCCUUGAUCUCCUCAAGCCAUCCAUGUCGAGCUAGAUGCAAGGCUUGCUGAUUUGCAAUGGCCAGCCUGAGUGCACUCUUGGCCAAAGAGCUGAGUGAUUCAGACCGCCCAGAGCUUCGGGAUGCUCGGGAGAUUGCCAGCGCAGCAAGGCAGGCCAUCAACAGCAGCCGGAAACUCUUGAGCGACGCAGGGAGCUCUGCACCUUCUGCUCCUUCUGCACCUUCUGCCCCCUCUGCCUCUGCCCGAUCUUCUAGGGUGCUUGGUGUAUGUGCAAAUGACAUUGAUGAGGCCGUGGUGCUGGAGUUAGAGCAUGGCUUUGAUGUGGCACUGCGGAAACAGCGGAAGGCCCUCAAGGCUGCAGAGCAGGCGAAGGCAAAGGCUCAAGAUGAGCGGCUUGCCUUUGAGUCUUUGGCUGCAGCCCAGCUGAAAGAUUUGAAGGAAGAGGCAGAAGCCCUGCGUUCAGAGGCAAGAAGGUCCGACGCGACUGCACGGCAGCGUGCUGCUGAACAGCGAGAACUUCGACAAGAAAUGCAGCGUGACAUCGAAUCUUCCAAGACUGCUCUCAUGGCCAUGAUGCAGCAGAAUCAACAUCAAUUGAAGAAGAAGAACGCAAUUCUGCGUCGGAAACAGGGCCGCUUGCAGAGACUGAAAGAAAGUUGCUCAGAGAUGGAACAGUCCGAGCACCUAGCCGUUGACACGAAGGAUGACAGGCUUCCGGACUUGCAAUUGGCUUUCGAUUGUGCAAGGCACGUAGUGACAGAAAGCUCAGCGUUGGCAAGAGCCCUCCGAAGUCGGAUUCCUGAAGAUGGGGAGAUCGCUGAAGGACGCUGCGAUACUGGUGGCUCCGGCACACGUGGGCGAGAACCAGAGCAGGGUCACGAGAGUGUUCCAAUCGCAGAGGCUCUUGAGAGAUGUCAAGUGCUUCGGGCGGAACUGAGGUCUUGUGCUGCUGAACUUUCAGCCUUUGAAGGUGACAGAGGCUCUCAAAACACCUCACCGUCUGAAUUUUCUGAAGCUCCGAGGGCUUUGCUGCGAGAGCUCACUGAAGAGCUACGGGCUCAACAGGCAGGCGCUGCUCAGUUGCAGGAGUUAGUAGUUCGAUUACAGCAUCAAGAGCCUCCAUCACCUUGCAGGCCAUCGGUGCUGUGCUGCGAGGCAAGGCAACUUGAAGAACUUUGCCAAACAGAGCAGCGGAUCGAAGAGCAACGCGUGGAGCUGGACCAGCAGUGGGUUGACCUGCACGAAGGUUGCAGUUCAGUUUCUGUGCAACACAGGGGUGUUCAAGACACUAGAGACAUCAGGCGAAAGCUCAGAACUUGGCACCUGCUGAGAUCCAAGCUUGUUGAAUGUCAGGCAGAGCCUGCUGAGCUCCUUGAGCUGCCCAGUCGACUCCGCCAGCACUUGGCGGAGCGAGAAGCGAACCUUCAAGAGGAUGUCACCAUAACAUGCACUCCAGCAGAUGCACGCCAGCGAGCAGACCAUUCCAAACGCAAGCAGGAGCAGCUGGACGCCAUUUGCAAAGAUCUAGAGCAGCAAAGUCAGGCUUUGGAGGCGUGUGUGGAGGCAGAGCGUGAGCGUGGCAAGGAGGACCUGCUCCGUGGGGCUAGCUUGCGAAAGCGACUUGAAGAAGCUUUGAAAGCUGAAAGUGCCAUGGGGGCGGAACUCUUUGCCGGCUUGGCCGAAGAAUGCAGCGAAGCAGGCCGUCGCACUGAGAGAUGCAAAGCUGCAACUGCACACUUGACGGCGCAAUGUGGACAAUGUCGGUCAGAGUUGCAGGAGACUGGUGCUAUGCUCAAUCACCAGCGUGCCAUGAGCAACAUGCUUCAGGUCACUGGUGAGGAUUUAGAUCUGCGUCACCAACAGCUGCUGCAGCGCUUGGACUCCGCACGCGCCGCGCUUGGGCAUCAGGAAGUGGCAUUGGGGCGACUUCGAAGUGAGGUCCAAAGCGAGGUGAUCCACAAAGCGCAGUUGCGGUUGCUUUGCGAGGCCGAAGAGACAGCCUUGGACGCAUCUCUUCAAGCCUUGGCGAGUGCGACUUCUCGCUUCGCGGAGUCGGAAGUGGAAAGGCCGACAUGACGAAAUCG